AUGGCCUGCAUUGCAUCGGAUCCAGCGUUGGACAUCAAACCUGACUUUGCGUCUAUAACUUUCCAAGGCAUAAGAAACCGCAUCAUCGGAAACACACAGGUAACCCACGAUGAAGCCGCCAACGAGCUCAUCACGGGCUGGCGGCAAGACCGAGACAUCCGCCUCGCAGCAUGGACCCUGCAAGUAAACGAGCAAGCCCGGUUAACAGCAGAAGCAAACCAAGCGGAACACGAACGCGCUGAGCAAGAACGGCUUGCACAGGAGCAGGAAGCCGAAGAUGAAUGCCGAGAGGCCGAAAAGAAGAAACCAAAGAUUAAUGAUUUUAAGGCAGGAGUUUCUGUUAAUGAUACUCUUACCCAUCGCCCUUCUCAAUAUGCCAUUCACAAGCUCAAGUCCUUCGAGUACGUCGAACUGUGGUACUUCAGCCCAGACGGCUGCAAGGACACUGCAGACGAAGCCAAAUCUUCGGCAGAUGGCACGUUCGGAUUUACGAAAGUCGAUGACUUCAUAGCGUUAAAGGCAGUCGCUGCUUUCAAACCCUCGCGCAAGGCCAUCCAAGACCAUAGUCUUGAGUGGAGGCAGUUCAACAUGGCGAAGAAUAGCUUUCUGUUAUACAUCAAUAAACUGAACUGGCCGGAGAAGCACCAACGCGCUAUCACCAUGUUCUUCAUGAAUGUUGUCUCCCACCCACAACGCGCUGAACCCUUGGGUGAACGUGCUCUACUCCUCUACGCUGCCUGUGUCCGCUGGGACUGGCAUGACACCCUUACCCUGGACAAUGCCUUCGACAUCAGCGUUUUCAACACCACGCUGUUGAAAAACUUGACCAAAGAAGUUUGGAACAAAUCGCGCAUUGAAAGCCUGACUGGAGGUACAUACCCCUCCUCGAUUAAAAUUUUCGAAUUCUGA